AAAAAAAAAAAGAAUCAUGGCUUCAUGGACACCAUUAUUCAGUCCUUACAAUAUACCCUCAUGGGUAGCCUGGCCUUUCUAAUCCGGUCUCUUUCCUCCACAUCUCUCUCCAAAACUCGCAGAAAAGAGGUGUUUAAGCUGUGUUUUGAGGGGGGUUUGCAGUCCCUGCAAAGAUUAAUUCUCGGCAAAUAGACCAAAUCUCUACCCCAAACCAGAUACUGCUUCUCUCUCCUCUCUCUCUCUGUCUCUCUCUUCCCAGGUUAUGAAUUUUCAUUUGGGUUUGCAGAGAAGACAAGAAUCCAAAGAAGGAAGAUGGGGCCAACCUCCUUGCUGCGGGCUUUGAAAGAGAUGGGUUUGACAUGACAUGGGCAUUUACCCAAUUCUCGCAACGGGAAAUUCUUCCUCUUUUUCCAGCAGUUGAUGAUGCUGAUGCUCUCUUCCCAACGGAAAGAGAUUCCGUGUUUUUGUUUCUGGUGGUGUUUCUGGGGCCUCGUGGCGUGUCGGCAGCAACACGACGGAGUCUUUCUUUUCCCAGUUCAUUUCUGAUGGUUUUCAGAGUUUAAGACGGAAGACCUCCGGCUAAUCAUUUUGCUUAAUGUUGAUUAUUCUUUGGCUUCGUCAGCAACAACCCUUGGCUUCAAACCCACAGGUAACUCAAAGUGAUUAGCUCCAAGUUUCAAGAAAGCCAUUUUCGUUUUGUUGGAACCCAAAAGAAGGAAAAAAAAAAAAAAAGAGAGGGAGGGAGAAAGACUGCUGUUAAUCAGGUUUCGAUAUGCAUGUCUAAUCAGAUUAGUAAUCAGGGCUCAAUCUCUCUUGGGGAGACUCAACCGCAGUGAAAAUGGCAAGAUGGGUGGGUGGGUUCAGCACCCAGAGAAACGUCCAAAUCAACAUGGAAAAAACGCACAGAGAAUGAAAAAUUUCAACUUAAAUAGUGAUUGUCCCUUUGGUCUAAGUCUCCUCUUUUGAUAGGAUGUCUUAGAUUAGGGUUGAGAUAAUUAGGGUUACUGAUAAACUCCAGAUACUGAAGGGGGGAAAAGAACCUAUUUGGGAGAUAAAAGAAAAUCAGGUCCCAAAAUGGAGCCAAGAAGGGAAGAAGAUCAGGCAAAAAUCUCCAUUUCUUUGUUGUAUGAUGACCCAAAUCCACCCAAUGGAGAGAGAAAGAUAGACCAUGGCCAGAAGGCCCAAAACCAUGUCAUCUUGCCUCAAACCCUAGAUCAACCAAAACCCAGAAUUGAUCAUCCACUUCAACCAUCAAUUCCUCCCCCCAAUUCAAUUCUAGCUUCAGCUGAAUUCCCCAAAAUCACGACCUUGACCCCAGCGACGCCUCUGCCGGCGGCUAAUUUCCGACACCGCGAGUGCCUUAAGAACCACGCGAUAAGCGUCGGUGGCCACGUCGUGGAUGGGUGUGGUGAGUUCAUGCCGGACGGGGACGAGGGCGCGCCAGAGUUCUUCAGAUGCGCUGCCUGCGGGUGCCACCGCAACUUCCACCGGAAGGAGAUCGUCGUCUGCAGUGGCACCGAGCCUCGCCACAUGGCCAGUUUCCAGUAUAAUCAUGGAAACGGAAACGGCCUCAAUUAUGGUCAAAUCAGGCAUGCGGUCAACUCAAUCCCCCAGCAAACCCUCCUCCACCAAAGCCGCCACCAUGGGGUUUUCUCACCGGAGCCGGCUCGGCCGGUGAUGGUGAUGUUCGGUGGGGGCGGCGAGGUGGAGAGCUCGAGCGAGGAUCUCGGGGCGAUCCAGCGCGGCGGCGGAGGCGACGGAGGAGGGUGGCGACAAGAAGAGACGGUGGUGGUGCAGUCGCGGCAAUCAUCAAAGAAGAGGUUCAGGACGAAAUUCAGUGAAGAGCAGAAGGAGAGGAUGAUGGGGUUUGCCGAGAAGUUGGGGUGGAAGAUGCAGAAGGGGGAUGAAGACGAGGUGGUGAAGUUCUGUGAAGAGGUGGGUGUGAAGAGACAGGCGUUCAAAGUGUGGAUACACAAUAACAAGCGAGCCAUCAGGAGGAAGCAACCUUUGCUAACAUGAGAGACAAAGAUAGAGACGGAGAGAGAGAGAGAAUGUUCUUCUUAUGGGCAUUUUGGUUUUAAUUCGUGGAGGGUUGGGGGUUUUUAUAAUCACAGGAUGAAAUAAGUUUGUGGAAAGUGUGUGAUUUUCAUUUCAUUUCAAGCUUUUACAAGGGAAAUAAUGAGAAGUUCAUG